AUGGCCCCUGUGGAGCAGGACCCGCUGGCCGUGCGGGAGCAGCUCUUCCACGAGAGGGUCCGCGAGUGCAUCAUCUGUGCCCUGCUCUUUGCCAGCCUCUACAUCCUCUGCCACUUCAUCAUAACCCACUUUAAGAAGCACACGGAUUUCACAGGAGUUCACGAUGACGAGGAUGCUGCUGUCAACAGGAUUGCGCUGGGGCUCUGUACCUUCACCCUGGCUGUGGCACUGGGUGCCGUCCUCCUCCUGCCCUUCUCCAUCAUCAGCAACGAGGUGCUGCUCUCCUUCCCCCAGAACUACUACAUCCAGUGGCUGAACGGGUCCCUUAUUCAUGGCCUCUGGAAUUUGGUCUUCCUCUUCUCCAAUAUGUCCCUGGUCUUCCUCAUGCCCUUUGCCUACUUUUUCACUGAGUCAGAAGGGUUUGCAGGAUCCAAGAAGGGCAUCAUGGCCAGGGUGUAUGAGACGUCGGUGGUGCUGCUGCUGCUGACACUGCUGGUGCUGGGCAUGGUCUGGGUGGCCUCUGCCAUCGUGGGCAACGACGCUGCCAGUCGCCAGUCACUCUAUGUUCUCUGGGAAUAUUAUCUGCCCUACCUCUACUCCUGCAUCUCGCUUUUUGGUGUCCUGCUUCUGCUGUUGUGCACCCCCUUUGGCCUCUCCACCAUGUUCACUGUCACUGGGAAGCUGCUGGUGAAACCCCGGCUCCUGGAAGACCUGGAUGAGCAGCUGAGCUGCACGAGGUUUGAGGAAGCCGCUGUGUCCCACAGAAUUCGCUCUGCAGGCAAAGCUUCCUGCUGGCUGAAUCUGGACAUGGAGAUGCUGCGGGAGCAAUUCUUUGCCAUCCGGAGCAAGAGGCGGAAGCUGGAGCUGCGGCACCGAGCAUCGCCCUGGCAGAGGAACCUGGGCUACCCCCUGGCCAUGCUGGGCCUCCUGGCACUGACUGGAAUCUCUGUGCUCAUUGUCUGCUUCCACGUCCUGGAGCUGCUGCUGGAUGAUGCUGCCAUGCCACGGGGCAUCCAGGAUGCAUCCCUGGGCCAGGUUUCCUUCUCCAUCUUUGGUUCCUUUGGAGCUGCACUGCAAGUUGUCCUCAUUUUCUACCUAAUGGUCUCCUCUGUUGUGGGCUUCUACAGCUCCCCUCUGUUCACUCGCCUGCUGCCAGAGCGGCAGGACACGCCCCUCACCAAGAUCAUCGGGAACUGUGUCUCCUUGCUGGUGCUCAGCUCAGCACUGCCUGUCUUCUCCAGGACACUGGGGAUCACCCGUUUUGACCUCCUGGGGGAUUUUGGCCGCUUCAACUGGUUGGGAAACUUCUACAUUGUCUUCCUCUACAACAUGAGCUUUGCGGGGCUCACCACGCUCUGCCUGGUGAAAAGGGUGUCCUGGGCAGUCCAGGCAGAGCUCAUCCGUGCCUUUGGUGAGGACAGGGACACGGGGACACAGGGAUGGGUGCUGGGGUGUCCCCUGUCCCCCACCCUGGCUCUCACACUCUCCCUGUAUCCAGGUCUGCACAAGCUGCCGCUGCCUGUGACGCGCUGCCGGACCCGCAGCAAACACUGCUAG